UGCUGGAGGCUUUUCCACACAGAAGAUGGCUGUGCCUCCUACGUAUGUCGACCUGGGCAAGUCGGCCAGGGAUGUGUUCACCAAAGGCUAUGGGUUUGGCUUAAUAAAACUUGAUUUGAAAACAAAGUCCGAGAAUGGAUUGGAAUUCACGAGCUCGGGCUCAGCCAACACAGAGACCACCAAAGUGACAGGCAGUCUGGAAACCAAGUAUAGGUGGACCGAGUACGGGCUGACGUUUACAGAGAAAUGGAACACCGACAACACGCUGGGCACCGAGAUCACCGUGGAAGACCAGCUCGCACGUGGACUGAAGCUGACCUUUGAUUCAUCCUUCUCGCCUAAUACCGGGAAAAAAAAUGCUAAAAUCAAGACGGGGUACAAGCGGGAGCACAUCAACGUGGGCUGUGACGUGGAUUUCGACAUCGCCGGACCCUCCAUCCGGGGUGCCCUGGUACUGGGUUACGAGGGCUGGCUGGCUGGCUACCAGAUGAACUUUGAGACUGCGAAGUCCCGAGUCACCCAGAGCAACUUUGCAGUUGGCUACAAGACCGAUGAGUUCCAGCUCCACACUAAUGUGAAUGAUGGAACAGAGUUUGGUGGCUCCAUUUACCAGAAGGUGAACAAGAAGUUGGAGACUGCAGUCAAUCUCGCGUGGACGGCGGGAAACAGCAACACUCGUUUCGGGAUAGCAGCCAAGUAUCAGAUCGACCCUGAUGCCUGCUUCUCGGCUAAAGUAAACAACUCCAGCCUGAUAGGAUUAGGAUACACUCAGACCCUAAAGCCAGGUAUCAAGCUGACCCUCUCGGCUCUGCUGGACGGCAAGAAUGUCAACGCCGGUGGCCACAAACUUGGUCUAGGACUGGAGUUUCAAGCAUAAAUGAAUACUGUAUAAGCAUUUAAUUUUAAACUAUUUUGCAGCAUAGCUACCUUCAAAAUCUAGUGUACCUUUUGAUGUUGUCUGUCUGGGAUGCAAGAAUCGCUCAGUAUCACGUUAGACCUCCAGGUGAAGGAUGACUCAGCUUCCAGGUGUUAACCCUGCAGAGGUGCCAGAGAAACUUGAGUCCAAGGAAAAGUCCACACAGCCACAGACUUGAGGGGUGGACCCAGUGAGUCCCCUAGAGAUGCCAGGUUUCUUUCUUUCUCUCUCUCUCUUUUUAAAUCUAGAAAUGGAUGCAAGUGGGAGCUGAUCAUGUGUAGGCACUUUGUAAAUCCAUACUGAAUAAAUGAAUGAAAUUGUGACUACCUGAAUAUCAAACCUUGGUUUCCCAACCCUAUUAGCGAGAGGCUUGUUGUUGGAUAGUGUGUGUACAAACUUAUCCGAAAAGGACUUUUUGAGACAGAUCUUCAUGACCGUUUCCCACCCUGGUCCAUCAUCACCUCUUUCACACCAAAAGUAGUUUGCUGGGUGUAGUAACUCUGUCUUUCGUGCCAUUUUGGGGUGGAGUAGGUGGAUGUGAUGAAGCCAAUAAUUCACGACUUAGUUCCUUUCUGUGUUGCUCCAAGUAUGAAAUCACUUUUCAGUACCUCUGGCUGCACAUGGGACAGAGUCGGUGUGAUUGUAAUCCUUUGGUGACUACACCCGGAAUCUCAGUUGGACUUCUAUCGUAUUCUCACCACUCUAUUUUUUAGCAGUUUCAAUGGGUACAUUUUAGAGUCUUCCAUUUUGUGUGGAAUUAGAUUCUCCCCUUCAAAUGCUGUAAUUAACAUCACUUAAAAUAAAACUUGAAUGAAAUAUUGGAACCUCA